AUGAAAAAUCAAACAUCUGCGAAAGAGUUCAUUCUUCUGGGAUUAACAGAUGAUCCAGAGCUAAAUGUUUUGAUUUUUCUAUUUCUUUUUUUCACGUAUAUACUGAGUAUAACUGGAAACAUGACAAUUAUCAGCCUUACUUUGAUAGAUCCGCACCUCAAAACCCCCAUGUAUUUUUUCCUAAGGAAUUUCUCUUUUCUAGAAAUCUUAUUUACAACAGUUUGUAUUCCUAGAUUUCUGGUCAGCAUUCUAACAGGGGAUAUGACCAUUUCCUAUAAUUCUUGCAUGGCCCAGGUAUUUUUCCUCAUUCUCCUUGGUGCAACAGAAUUUUUCCUUUUGACUGUUAUGUCCUAUGAUCGGUAUGUGGCUAUCUGUAAGCCACUGCAUUACACAGUAAUAAUGAAUAGCAGAAUCUGCAACCAGCUUGUAAUUAGCUCUUGGCUAGCUGGAUUUCUCAUUAUCUUUCCACCUGUUAUCAUGGGACUUCAACUGGAUUUCUGUGACUCCAACAUUAUUGACCACUUCACCUGUGACUCUUCUCCUAUGCUAUUGAUCUCCUGCACAGACACAGCAUUCCUAGAGCUCAUAGCAUUUUUUCUGGCACUAUUUACGCUCAUGUUAACCUUAAUAUUAGUGAUUCUUUCCUAUGUUUUCAUCCUUAAAACAGUUCUGAGAAUUCCCUCUGCUGAGCAAAGAAAAAAGGCUUUUUCCACUUGCUCCUCACACAUGAUUGUUGUCUCUAUUUCUUAUGGAAGUUGCAUUUUCAUGUAUGUCAAAACUUCAGCAAAAGACGGAGUGGCUUUGACCAAGGGUAUAGCAGUGCUCAACACCUCUGUUGCUCCAAUGCUAAAUCCAUUUAUUUACUCCUUAAGAAACCAGCAGGUAAAGCAGUCCUUUAAGAACAUGGUCAGAAAAUGCCUCUCAAAUAAAUUUUCUUCAUAA